AUGAAGGACUUCUGCAGUAACGUCCGACCAUGCGAAGCAUGCCUCUCAAAGCAGUUGCCCUGCACGGUCUCGAGCACUUCGAGGCCACCUGGAAGGCCCCGCAACAGAGUUCCAGUAUCUCCGGGUGGCCAACCCAUCCGCGAGAAUGGGGGCAGCGUGACUGACUCGGGCAUCCCGCCGGUUCCGCAGCCUUGGACACCAAACAGCAGCGGCCUUGAGCCACCGUUGGACGGGCCUAGCCUAAUGACCAGUAUCGCCGGAAUCGACAUACCGGCCGUAAGAGACGCCGCCGCCGCAGAAUAUCCAGCAGCUACGGGGCUCACUCCUCCCCCAGUCAUGGAUGAAUGGAUGACGUCCGAGUCAGCGAGUGACUUCUCGAUUCAAGGCCCAUUUCCGGGUGCAGCUAACAUAUCAGCGGAUCAAAUCUGCGGGGAUGAUCUCGGGAACUGGUUGGAUGACCUUAAUGAAUUUUCUGUAACGGAUGACACGUGGCCGGCAGACUCUUCAGCAUUCCAUGUUGAGUCAGAUCCUUCUAUGGACAGCGCUGUGGAGAUGAUGGCGGAGCACCUUCAACGACGAUCACACACACAAUCCCCCCAAUCUCGAGAAGAACAGAAAAGGUCAUGGUAUUCGGCCCCACCGCAGCUCUACGUAUACGACGAAGAUGUGGUCAACAUCCUCCUCAAUCUCUCUAGAGCGCACAUCUCGAGCACAUUCGCUCUAUUUUCCGAUUUCGAAGCGAACCGCGACACCCGCGUAGAGCUUUGCCUUGCCAUGGCCGCCGUGGGUGGACUUUAUUGCACGGCUCCAGCGGGCAUAAAAGUCGCGAAAAUGCUAUUCAACGACUCCAGGCGUCUCCUCCUCGAGCAAUAUUUGCAGGACGAUUCCAUGCCGUUUGACCCAGCGUUGAGCUUUGCGAAAACAUUUAUUCUGCUCGAGAUAUACGGCCUGUGCAGCGGCGACAAAAGAGCCUACGAGUUCAAUGAAGUGUUCCACGGAAGCAAGCUGCACGCGGUUAGCUCCUGUCUAAGUGCUUUGCCGCGCGAUGCUCCCUUGGAUCAGCGUCGACAAGCUCAACUUCUUUCGGAGGCGAUGCGCGUGCUCGACAGCUACAGGGUGCUACUGCUGCGGCGACCUCCAUCCUUCAUGGGAGAAACUGCACUCGAUCCGCACACCCUUAGCAAUAUGUCCCGGUUUCAGAGCCUCCCUACCGGCGGGUUGAUCGCUACAUCGAGCCGCGGCGGUCCUCUUGAUCACCAUCCCCCAACUGCUACGGGAAUGGAUCAUCUCGUAAUGGUCAUAUGUUACAGCUGGAUGGCAAGUCCGCAGAACACUGAGAACUCCACAUAUACUCCUCUGUGGAGACUAGAAUUCGUCGAGCUUGCCCUCGACCGGUGGAUCCGAACACAGACUACCAGAACUGAAACUCCUCAACGUCCCCUCGAAGUAUCGCAAAUGCUGCUAUAUCACCUCACGAAAGUGUCCCUUCAUUCCAAUCUAAGUCAUCUACAGCGUCUUACCCCAGCAGCUUUGCAAGCUAUGGUAUCCAGAAAAGAUGGCGACGAUAUCCUGGACUCUGUCCGGGCGUGGAGGAACAGUCGCCACUUCACCAUUGCUCACUGGCACGCAAAAGCCAUCCUUGGCAUUCGCAUGGCGCAAGAAGCGGUGGCGCCAUCCUAUCCAGAUCCAGGGCCAAGCAUCCAGGCUUUCUCUCCAAUCGUCUCGGAAGACAAAAGGCUCAACUUCAAUUACCCGCCCGCCCAUAUGAAGAUGUCGAAAGCGUAUCGAGAUAUCCGCAGAGUAGACGAAAAGUCUUUCGACUAUGUUUUCGAAGAGAAUGUCUCCGUGGUAUUGAAGGAUGGCAAGGGGAUUGUGAGGUGCAACGUCUACCGCCCAAAAAGCCAAUCAGAAAAAUAUCCCGUUUUGGUAACCUACGGGCCCUAUGGCAAAGACGUUCAUUACAGCGUGUUUCACGCGUCCUCAUUUGCCGAAGUUCCUGAGGAGCAUCACUCGGCCCACUCUUCCUGGGAGACCCCUGACCCUGGGUUCUGGACCAGGAACGGCUAUGCGGUGGUUAGAGCAGACGAACGUGGUACUGGCCAAUCUCCUGGGUUGCUUGACACUAUGUCUCGCGGCACGAGCGAGGCAUUCUUUGACGUUAUUGAGUGGGCAGCAUCACAGCCGUGGUCAUCCGGCAAAGUUGGUCUGCUCGGCGUGAGUUAUUACGCCGGAAGUCAGUGGAGAGUGGCAGCCCGCCAGCCAAAGGGCCUCGCCUGUAUUGUGCCGUGGGAAGGGAUGUCGGACUACUAUCGCGACCGCUGCCGACACGGCGGCAUCCUUUCCAACACCUUCAUCAGCUUUUGGUGGAACAGACAGGUGGUCACCAACCAGUACGGACGGCCUGGCAGAGCGGCCCGCAAAUGGGGCUAUGAUACAGUAGAGGGAGAUUUGUCUGAGGAGGAGCUCCUCGCCAACCGCCGCGAUCAAAAUGAGGAUAAUGCAGCUCACCGCUUCCUCGAUGAGGAGUACUAUGCUUCGAAGGAUUACGACAUGGCUGAUAUUAAAGUGCCGGUCCUUUCGGUGGGAAACUGGGGGGGGAUCCUACUGCACCUAAGGGGAAACGUAGAAGGCUAUCUACACGCAGGCUCCAAGUAUAAGUAUCUCAGACUCAUCACUGGGCGCCACGACUUGCCCUUCUACUCCAAGGAGAACGUCGAAAUGCAAAAGAGCUUUCUAGACGCUUUCCUCAAGGGACAUGAUGCGGAGGGAUGGUCGACCGGAAAAGCCCCCAAAGUCGGCCUGGUUCUGCGGAAAGGCAAUGUCGGAUACAAUGAUGCAGAAGCUGAAAAGCAGUAUCCUCACCGCUACGAGGAAGAAUGGCCAAUCCCUCGCACCAAGUAUACCAAGUACUUCCUCACUGCAGAUAUGCAGCUGAGCACGAACGCGAGACCUUCCUCAACAGCGGUUGAAAUGUCAUUGGUGUCCUUCCAAGCACCUGGAAGUCUGAAAACCCCGCAGGCUGUUCGGUUUACUACGGCGGCCUUUGAAAGCGAGACCGAGUUCACAGGCCAUAUCGUGGUCCACCUGAACGUGUCGGCUUCGAGUCUUCCAGGCAAGGAGACGAUCCCUUCGGAAAUCGAUCUUUUCAUCACCCUUAGGCACCUCGACGCGCAGGGAGCGGAAAUUUAUUACACGGGCACCGUUGGCGAUCCUGUCCCUGUGACGAAAGGCUGGCUGCGCGUCAGCCUCAGGAAGGUGGCCGAAAGCCAUCCUCGACACCGCCCUUGGAGACCCCACCGGGAAUAUCGCUCCACCGACGUUGCUCCAGUGGAAAGCGGGGUAAUCUAUCCGGUAGAUGUUGAGGUGUGGCCCACUAACGUCGUUGUUAGUGAAGGCCAUCGGCUGGUCUUGGAAAUCUCGUCGGGAGAUACUCAGGGGGCGGGGUUGUUUGAGCAUAACUCCGAAGUGGAUCGUCCUGUUGACUUGCUUGAGGGGAUGACCAACAUCCACUUCAGUCUCGAGCAUGAAAACUGGAUCCAGUUGCCACUCAUCCCACCCAUGUAG